UGAUAGUAGGUGUGAUGUCACCAACCUAUGCUUUAUAUAGGAGCCAUGGAGGCGGGGCUUAUAUUGGUUUGGCGGUAGAGUGGAGGUAUCACAUAAAGACAGGCAAAAUGUCUAAUACUUCUCAGAAGCACAGAGACUUUGUGUCUGAGCCUAUGGGCGAUAAACCAAUUACAGCCCUGGCAGGCAUUGGGGAAGUACUUGGCGGCAAACUAGAAGAGCAAGGCUUUGAUAAGGCUUAUGUGCUUCUUGGGCAGUUUCUAAUAUUGAGGAAAGAUGCAGACGACCUGUUCAAAGACUGGCUAAAGGACUCCUGUGGGGCCAAUUCACGUCAAGCAGAGCUGUGUUCCUCCUGUUUGAAAGAAUGGUGCGCGUCCUUUCUGUGAUACAGAUUAUGUGACUACCUUGUUUCUGAAUUGACUUAUAUACUGUCAAAAUACAUUUUUAUGCACAUUUACUAACUGUUAAUAUUUUUGUGCAAAAUAAAGUUGAAACCAACAACCUUA